AUCCCCCCCUCUUCCCCUCCCAUUAUGGCUGCAGACUCGAUGGAGAUUGACGACUCUCUUUACAGCCGCCAGCGAUAUGUACUGGGAGACAGUGCAAUGCACCAGAUGGCCAAGUCCUCAGUCUUUCUCAGUGGUAUGGGAGGACUGGGAAUUGAGAUAGCAAAGAACAUUGUCCUCGCUGGUGUGAAGGCGGUCACCCUUCAUGACACAAAGCAAUGUGAGACCUGGGAUCUGGGCUCCAACUUCUUUAUCCGCACAGAGGAUGUGUUGAGCCAGAGGAGGAGGGUGGAGGCAGUGUGCCCUCGGGUCGCAGAGUUGAACCCUUACGUCCAUGUUGACAUGUCUUCCUCUGCUCUGGACAACAACACUGAUCUCAGCUUUCUCAGAAAGUAUCAGUGUGUGAUUCUGACUGAAGCCAGAUUGAACCUACAGAAGAGAGUGAAUGAGUUCUGCCACUCACAACAACCCCCCAUCAGAUUCAUUGGCUGUGAUGCAUAUGGCAUCUGCGUGCGGGUGUUCUGUGAUUUUGGAGAGGAGUUUGAGGUGUCUGAUCCCACAGGAGAGGAGCCCAAGGAGAUUUUCGUCCAAACUAUCACUCAGGACAAUCCUGGCGUGGUGACCUGCAUGGACAACCAACCGCAUGGCCUACAGACAGGCCAGAGUGUUGUCUUCAGAGAGGUCAAUGGCAUGGUGGAACUCAACAGCACCGUGCGACAGGUUUCAGUCCUUUCUCCUCACAGUUUUGCAAUAGGAGACACAUCGCAACUCCAACCAUAUGCACAUGGAGGUUUCUUUGUUCUUGUGAAAACCCCUAAGACAUACAGAUUUGAGACAAUAGGGAGACAGUUAUGUGAUCCUCAGGUCCUGACUCCAGACUACAGUAAACCAGAGGCCCCACUACAGAUCCAUGCAGCCAUGUUGGCUCUGGAUGACUUCCAGGAGCAGCACAGUAGACUUCCCAACAUUGGGUGUUUACAGGAUGCUGAGGUUUUACUGCAGCUAACCGAGGAAGUGAAUGCAACUCUCAGGAACAAAGCUUCUGUGAAUACUGAGUUGGUGCGCUGUCUGUCGAGAACAGCGAGGGGAACUCUUCCUCCGUUAGCAGCAGCUGUAGGAGGUCUAGCCAGCCAGGAAGUUCUUAAAGCCCUCACAGGGAAGUUUGCGCCACUGCAGCAAUGGUUUUACCUUGAUGCCAUUGAAAUAGUAAGGCCACUUCAGUCUGUUUCUGCUGAGGAGUUUUCCCCAAGGGGCGAUCGGUAUGAUGGAUUACGAGCUUGCAUUGGUGAAUCAAUGUGUCUAAAACUGCACAAGCUCAGGGUCUUCAUGGUGGGCUGUGGUGCCAUAGGCUGUGAGAUGCUGAAAAAUUUUGCCCUGCUUGGAGUGGGAUUGGCUAAGAGCUCAGGAGAGGUGUGCAUCACAGACCCAGACCUUAUAGAAAAGUCCAACCUCAAUCGUCAGUUUCUCUUCAGACCACAUCAUAUACAGAAACCGAAGAGUACCACAGCAGCAGAAGCCACUCACGAUAUCAACCCAGACCUGCAGGUGGAUGCUCACCUCAACAAGGUGUGUCCGGCUACUGAGAGCAUCUACAAUGACUCCUUCUACUCCCGCCUAAACCUAGUGGUCACAGCGCUGGACAACGUGGAGGCUCGGAGAUAUGUAGACAGCCGCUGUGUAUCCAAUCAGAAACCUCUCCUGGACUCUGGCACCAUGGGAACUAAAGGACACACAGAAAUCAUUGUGCCAAAUUUGACAGAGUCCUACAAUAGCCAUAGGGACCCCCCAGAAGAGGAGAUCCCAUUCUGCACUCUCAAGUCUUUCCCUUCUGUCAUAGAGCACACCAUUCAAUGGGCCAGAGACAAGUUUGAGAAUGCGUUCGUCCACAAGCCCUCCAUGUACAACUCGUUCUGGCAGACCCACUCCUCUGCUGAAGUGGUUCUACAGAGGAUGCAGGUGGGGGAAAGUCUGGAGGGGUCCUUCCAGGUCAUUAAGCUACUCAGCAGAAGGCCCAGCCAGUGGGAGCAGUGCAUUGCAAUUGCCCGUCUGAAAUUCGAAAAGUAUUUCAAAAGAAAGGCCCUACAACUGUUGCACUCUUUCCCCCUGGACACAAGGUUAAAAGACGGAAGUUUGUUUUGGCAGUCCCCAAAAAGACCUCCAGCACCUUUUGAUUUUGACUUGAAAGACCCUCUGCACUUCACUUUCAUUGUCAGUACUGCCCGGCUCUUUGCGGGGAUUUAUAACAUCCCUUACUCAGAUGAGGAUCUCUCUGAAGAGGCUGUGACCAGGAUUCUCUCAGAUGUCAAGAUUCCUGAAUACAGGCCCGCAGAGAAAUGUAUAGUGACCGAUGAGACAGCAAAGAAGCCUGAUCAGAUAAAGAUGCCUCUAAGCAGUGAAGAGGAGAGGGAGGCCAUAACACAGCUGGAGCAGGCCAUUGCUACUGACAGUGUCACAGCAGAGCGGUUACAGAUGAAUCCACUGCAGUUUGAAAAGGACGAUGACAGUAAUGGCCACAUAGACUUUAUCGCAUCAGCAUCUGCUCUCAGAGCCAGGAUGUAUUCCAUUGAGCCAGCUGACAGGCUCAAGACCAAACGCAUAGCCGGCAAGAUCAUCCCGGCUAUCGCCACAGCAACAGCUGCUGUGGCUGGACUGGUGGCCCUCGAGUUGAUCAAAGUCGUUGGAGUCUACGAGUUUGAAUCUUUCAAAAACUGCUUCUUUAACUUGGCCAUCCCUGUAGUGGUGCUCACUGAGCCUGCCCCAGUUAAAAGGACACUCAUCAGAGACAACAUCUACUUCUCCAUCUGGGACUGUUGGACUAUCUUUGGCCAUGAGGACUUCACUCUGUCUGACUUCAUGAAUGCAGUGAGGGAAAAGUAUGGAAUUGAACCCACUAUGGUCGUCCAUGGUGUGAAGAUGCUUUACGUGCCUGUGAUGCCUGGACACUCAAAGAGACUCAAACUCACGAUGCAAAAGUUGAUCAAGCCAUCAGCGGGCCGCCGCUACGUUGACCUCACUGUGUCAUUUGCUCCGGAGGCUGAUGGAGACGAUGACCUCCCUGGUCCUCCGGUCAGGUACUACUUCAGCCGCAAUGGAGAGACGCCCUGACAUCUUCCUGGAUGUCGUCCUCAAACCUCUUGUGUCCUUACUUACUUCCCUUUUUUUCAUGUAAAUUGUUGUACCCCAAUAACCUGGGCCAAGAGCUUGAGAUGUUAUCUGACAAGGGUUAAGUUCCCAACCCUAGCUCAAGCCCCACAGUACUUCAUGGAGAUAGAAAGGGCCAGUCCUGGUCCCAGUUUUUCUUGCCCCAGAUCUAGCCAGUUGAACACAAGACUUCUUGAGUAGCACUUAACUGUACCUGUGUACAUAUUUUUUCUCUGUUCUGUUUUCUACUCUGGUAAAAUGCACAGCUCUGCCUGUGUCGAUGCCUUAAUUGAUUAAUGAAAUGUUUCUUUUUGUGGCAGUGUAUCUGAAAAAAACUGUUUACAGAAACCUGCAUACUCCUAACACACAGUCCCAUUAGUGUCAUUUCUGUUUUAAGUCUGCUAGGCCCUAAAGAGGGUGAUAGGACAGUGAAGUGGAUUUGUAGUCCGUAGGGAUUAAAUCUUCUUCCUCAAGAGUCCUCUCAUUGACUUAUUAUUGCCAAUCCCAGACCUUUCCAGUUGUCAUAUCCCCUUGUAGAAACAGGUCAAGCCAAUAUUUGUUGUAUGAUUUAGAGGCGCAAAAGGUCAGUGGACAAUUGUGAAACCACCAAAGAUACAGCUUAUCAGUGUCUGCAAAUGAUUCUCUUUUAUGAUCACUUCAAUUGCUUCACAAAAACACAUUGAUAUCACAGGGGUAUUACCCAAAAAUUAAUGCACAACACACAACAGCAGUGUCAUUUUCAUCACAGGUCGACACAUGUCAACUCUGAGCUAUAUCACUGUCCUAUUGAGCGUUUACGCAUCAGAAAAUCAGCAAUUUUAUCACAUUGCUCCCCAAUCAAUUGAUUUUUUGAGUUAUUGUAGCUGCUAGUUACCUAUCUUGUUAAACCUAGGUAAUGACAGCAUUGAUAUUAGUUAAUACAUUUGGGAAUACAAAAUAAGUUCUCAUUAAAUAAUGGCAUAACUUCAAUGACUGUUGGGCACACAGAAUACAUAUUUUUGUGACAGACAUGAAAGAUCUGUACCAACAUCUGGGAUCACACUCACAUGUCUGUUCAUGUUUGUUUUUUUUGGUUGUUGUAUUUGUGUAUGGAUGUGUGUCCACAACAUGUAUUUAUUUACUUGUAACUCAUUUUUGUGUCAAAUUAAACCUGUGUUGAUGAGCUUUUAAAUGGUCUGUAUUUGCUUAAAUUGGCAAUGAUGUCAAUAUAUUUAAAUGGAAUCAUUUAAAAAUCUAGUACCGUUAUUGAGAUCACCGGACAGUCUGUUAACGGGUUAUCAUAUGUGUCUUUGAAACAGUUGAGACUAAAGUCACACAAAAUGCUUCCUGGAGCAAGUUUAUUUUUCUCCCUAUAACCAGAGGUGGUGAAUUUCGCUUUGCACAGAAAAUGUCUGUUACACUGACACUUCUUGUGCAGUGAAUGUCAUAGGUGUAAAACAAAACUGUUAAUGAGAGACUGAUAAUGAUGUAUGUUCUUGUGACAACCAAUAGUCCAAUAAAAUGUGAGAUUUCAGGAUA